UACCUGUUUCCUGCCGGGCCACAGCCACUGCUUUGGCUCUUCAGGACAGUGGUGGGAGAUGCUGCUGCUCCUUCUGCUCACAAAUGCUUUUGUCCUUCUGCCCUGGGCUGGGGCUGGAAGGAUCAUUGGUGGAACAAAAGUGAAGGCUCACUCCAGACCCUACAUGGCUUAUGUAAAAAUUCAAAGUGGAUCAGAACCCAGUUACUGUGGAGGGUUCCUGAUUCGCCCAGAUGCAGUUCUCUCAGCAGCUCACUGUGUGCACAAAAAAGGCAGGGCAGUGAGGGUCACUGUGAUUCUGGGAGCCCACAACAUAAACAGCCGAGAACGGAGCCAGCAAAAGAUCCGUGUGAGACAAUGGGUCAUCCAUCCUAAAUAUUCCCGUGAAGGCUUCAAAAAUGACAUCAUGCUGCUGAAGCUGAAGCCAAGGGCCAGGAUCAAUAAGAAUGUGCAGUUUAUCUCCAUUCCCAGGAGAAAUGAACGCGUGAGAGAAGGAGCUUUAUGCACGGUGUCUGGCUGGGGCUGGACAUCUGACACAGGAAACAAGACUAAUGUGAUGAGAGAAGUGAAACUGAAGGUGCAAGAGGAGAAAAUCUGUCAGCAGCUUUUCCGUAACUACCAGCGUCGGUCUAUGAUCUGUGUUGGUGAUGAAAACAGUAAAAAGGCAACUUCCCAUGGUGAUUCUGGUGGCCCAUUAGUCUGCAAUAAGAAGGCUCAUGGCAUUGUUUCUCAUGCACGUGAACACAACAUCUUCCCUGAGGUAUUCACCAGGAUAUCGCACUUUGAGCCCUGGAUCCGUGAGCAGCUGAAGAGGUUUUCACUCCAAGAUAUUCCUUGCUCUCCGUUGUCUGAAUAAAAUUCUCAUUGCCCCUUCUCCACAAUGCAUCCAACACCUGCUUAGAAGCUCCCAGGGGCAGCUGAAGUCAACUCAGAGAAGCCCCUGUGGUGCAGGCAAAGGUAUUGGCACUAAGGAGAGUCUCCUGGCAAGCUGUAAGUGCAAGUCCCAAGUACACCCAGCUUCCCAUUGCUCCCUUCCUCCCACUCCUGCUGCAGCUCUGCUUCUGGCCAUCAAUAAAAGCAUGUUCAAAGUC